CCCCUCUCUCGAACACACCCGACACACACCCCUCUCUGCUCUCAAGAACCCUAGAUAUCGCGCGAGCUUGAUUCACCAUCUCCGUCCGAGUUUAGGCGCUACUUCUCGAUUCCGAGCUGUACAGCCUCGAUUCCGAGAGCUGCUUCUUCAGUCCCGAGCUCCAAGAGCUGCUAGCUGCUAGUCGCGACCUCGAUUUCAACUGCUCGAAGCUUGAGCUUAAUCAGUCGAUUGGAGCUUAUUUAUUGAGCAUGUAAGGGCACUGGUUUCUUUUAUCUCAUUAAUCAUGGGAUAGAAAUUGAGUUGAUACAAAAAGCGCUUGAAGAGAGCAGAAACUUCUUUUGUCUUCCCCUCGAAGAGAAGAUGAAAUUGGCUUGGAAGGAGCACAGAGGUUACACUCCCCUUUGUUCGGAAAGACUAGAUGCCUCUUUACGUUACCAAGGUGAUCUGAAAGAGACGAUCUAUAUAGGUCCCAUAGAAGAUGAUAAAAGCUAUCUGAACCAGUGGCCUUCACGAGAAAUAUUACCAUCUUGGAGAUUCACAAUGGAACUAUACUAUGAAAAAGUCAGGGCUGCCGGAAGAAGGUUGAUAUCUCUGAUUGCUUUGGCUUUAAACCUAGAAGAAGACUUUUUUGAAAAAGAUGGACCCGUGGACCCUUUUCUUCGUCUACUACACUAUCCAGGUGAACAGGUGUUUUGGACGAGAAGGUUUUAGGUUCAUCAGCUCAUUCAGAUUAUGGAAUGAUGACUCUUUUAGUGACUGAUGGGGUUCCUGGACUUCAGGUAUGUAGGGAAAAAGCUAAGAAGCCACAGGUCUGGGAAGAUGUACCUCAUAUCAGCGGGGCCUUUGUGGUUAACAUUGGGGACAUGAUGGAGAGGUGGACUAAUUGCCUGUAUCGGUAUUACCUCUUGGAGAGUGGGCUGCUAGGAGUCGCAAGACUUACUCUAAGGCGGACCUCGACAUCGUUCGGCUCGAGACACUGGAUUAUAUCCAAUCAAUUAUGUAGUUUGUAUUCUCAUAAUUAGAUCAUGUUAUCGGAUAUUAUAGGAUCUGCACUUUAAAUUUAUGUUUGGAUAUAUGGUGUAUUGGUUGAAUGUUGGUUAUAUUGGUUUAUUAAUGCAAAUCAGAU